CAACAAAAAUGAUAAGUGUGUCGCACCAGUUGCUGCUUAACGAUUUGUUUAGGUGUGUGUGUAUGUGUGUUGUAUACUUCACCACGGGAAUAUAGCAGAGGUUGUAUAUUCGUGAACCGUUCAAGCAUAUACCGAGUCGAGAGCAAUAGAUAGGAAGAAGGGAGAUCACUUAAGAACAAUUCGUUGUCCGAAGCAGACGUACAACCAUAUUUCAGACUUCUUUAAUUUUUUCAGUGUAAUUUUAUUCGUCGCAAUUUUUAAUUGAAGUGAAUUACAUAUAACUCGUCAUUUUUUCAUUCAUACAAGAAACUGACGCAAUAAAAAAAAAAUGUCGAAGAAUAUGAAUAAACACGGGCAGUUGUGUGCCGACAAAAAAUGCUCAUUUCAACCAUGGAAACCGCACACUCAUCGUACUCACGGAAACGAGAAGAGAGUCUACUCAAACAUUUUACAUGCUAUCGGAAGUACACCGCUCGUAAAAUUGAAUAAAAUUCCCAAGUCAUAUGGAUUGGAAUGCGAUGUUUACGUCAAAGUGGAAUUCUUCAAUCCAGGCGGUUCGAUCAAAGAUCGUAUCGGUUUCCGUAUGGUUGAAGAUGCCGAAGAGCAGGGUCUAUUGACACCAGGCUGCACCAUCAUUGAACCAACAUCUGGAAAUACUGGAAUUGGUUUGGCCAUGGCAGCUGCUGUAAAGGGUUACAAGUGUAUCAUUGUUAUGCCGGAGAAAAUGUCGGACGAAAAAGUGGCAGCAUUGAAAGUACUUGGCGCCCAAAUCAUUCGUACUCGAACCGAAGCCGCCCACGAUGAUCCGGACGGUUUGAUUGAAGUGGCAAAAAAAUUGAAUAAGGAAAUACCAAACUCAAUUAUCUUGGAUCAAUAUGCUAAUCCCGGCAAUCCAUUGGCUCAUUAUGAUGGAACUGCUGAAGAAAUUUUGAAUCAAUGCGAUGGCGUGGUUGAUAUGUGCGUUGUUGGAACUGGUACUGGCGGUAGUGCAACCGGUAUCAGCUACAAAUUGAAGGAACAAUGCAAAGAUUGCAUUAUUGUUGCUGCUGAUCCGGAAGGAUCCAUUCUUGCAUUACCUGAGAACUUGAAUAAAAGUGAUGUGACUUUUUAUGAGGUCGAGGGUAUUGGAUAUGAUUUUAUCCCAAAUGUAUGCCACCGCGAACACAUCGACCAUUGGGUUAAAACGAAUGAUCAAGUUGCUUUGAGUAUGAUUCGUCGUUUGAUUCGUGAAGAAGGUAUUUUGUCGGGUGGUAGUAGCGGUUCGGCACUUUACGCCGCAAUGCAGGCAGCCAAGGAACUAAAAAAAGGACAAAAGUGUGUCGUUAUUUUGCCCGAUGGCAUUCGAAACUAUAUGACAAAAUUUGUGACCGAUAAUUGGAUGGAGGCAAGAGGAUUUAAAGAAAUUGUCAACGAACACAAUCAUUGGUGGUGGAAUCACAAAACGUCCGAACUCAAAGUUCCACAUGUCAAAUCGAUUGAAUUGAACGCAACAUGCAAAGAGGCUUUGGUGUUUUUGAGAUCGAAUGGAUUGGAUCGUGCACCGGUUGUGAACAGUGACGGCCAAUUGGAAGGUUUUUUGAACCUUAAGCACUUGACGAAAAAAGUUGUGAGCCAGAACUUUCAACUUGGCGAUACAAUUGACCGAGCACUGUUCAAGCAGUUCAGACGUGUAACACCAGACACCGUCUUGGGUUUGGUAUCGCGAAUUUUGGAAACCGAUGAAUUUGUUGCCGUUAUCGACGAAGCUGACCGUCCAAUCGGUGUUAUCUCGCAUCUGGAUCUGUUGGAUUUCGUUGCAAAUGAUGCAAGUGCAGCCCAAACAGUGGUAGGCGUUGCGUCGAAAAAGUUGUUAAACGGCACCGUUUCACCACUUCCAAAUGGAGUUCAUACAAAUGGAUAUGCCAACUGUCAUUCAAACGGACACUCAAAUGGUCAUGCAGAAAAGACCACCAACGGCUAAUAGUAUUGAUUGAAAGGAAACACAAAUGUUUUUUGUUUACUUAAGAUCGAUAUCGUGUCGUCACGUUUAUAUUUACGUAUAAUUAUCUAGUUUAAAAUUAAUCAUUACACAUUUGUAAAAUGUUUUAAAUCGAAUAUUAAUAUGAUGUCUAAGCUGCAUUUAUUCUGAUGUCUAUUUCGAUGCUGCUUAACAAUCUGUGUAUAGACCUGUUUGCUUUAGAAAAGAACAAAAUUCCAUGGCGAAAUUUGGAUUGUUUAUAAAAUAGUAUUUAUUAAUGUCGAGUUAACUGAUGUUUAGUAACACUGCAUUUGGAUGACACGCUCUUCGGUAGCGACCUUCCGCGAUUUCCAUACAAAUUCACAGACAGCUAUAACGCAAGCAACACCCAUACCACCCAUCAACACCACAAAUACACCACCCACAUUUGCCAGACCCAACUCAUUUGCCGUCGAACUUGAUUUGGAUGUAUCGUCCUUUAAUUUAAAAAAAAAAUCAAUUAUUAUUGGUUUAAUUCACAGACACUUUGUAACAUUUUUUUAUAACCAUAGAAUGAAUAAAUCACUUACUCUACAUGAA